CCAGGGAGGAGGAGGUAACCGGAUGUAGCGAUGUUAGCUGGAUUAGCUAAAUGUUGGAAGAAAAGCAUCUUAGAUUUUGUGUAAACAGAAAGUGUCUAGUUGAUGUCACACAGUCUAGUUUACAGUGCUCGUGUAAAUAUUGCUUCUUCGUGAGCUACUGUGAGUAUUUCUUGCCGAACUUUCCCGCACGUAAUAUAAAUAGCCUUCCUUAGCAAAGUACAUGGCCCGUUAGCCACCAUAGGGCUAAACCAGCUAAGAACAGGGACUUAAUCAAUGUUUUAGACUUCGAAGUUUUGAAAUGUUUAUGGUUUAACGCUACAACACGAGUCCAUAUAAUUGGGUUUGUGAGAGUGUGCGGGGAGGACCACAUCGUCUGUGGGCAGUUCCUCAAACCUUAUGAUCCAGUUUCUGGCAGCAGAAAGACAGAAUUUACUGGUUAUAAGACCAGAACCUUGACCUGCUAGAAUAUGUGAAGGCUGAAGACAAAAACCACAGGUGAUGCGAGGACGACUGAGAUGAUGAAGGUUGAAACACAUGAACCUGGAGGGUUCAGCUUUGAGGCCCUCCUGCCUGCAGCAUCCAUGUCAGAACUGGAGGAGGAAACACAAGACAGCAAAGAUCUCAUUCAUCAUAUUUUGGUGAUUAAAAAGGUUCCCCAGGACUGGAGCUCCAAUUUGGACAAGCAGGACCCAGAGUGCCCUCUUAUAAAGAAGGAAGAGGAGGAGCUGUGGCUCAGACAGGAGGAAGAGCAGCUUACUGUGAAAACUGAAGAUGAAGAGAAACCUCAGUUGUCAGAGCUUCAUCAGAUCAAAACUGAAGACAACGGAGAUACAGAGGCUCCAAGCAGCAGCUUAGUUAAACAGAUGGAAACAGAAUUUGAAGAAGAUGACUGUAGGACUCCAGAACCAAACGGGGUCCCAGUUCCAGUAUGUUUCUCUCAACACAGUAAGAUUGCUCAGAUUGGAGUCCAAACAGGACACAAACAUUUCAGUUGCAAUAUUUGUGGCAAAAGUUUCAAAAAUUACAGAACUUUCAAAAUGCACAUGAUGACUCACAAUGGAAUGAGGGAGCACAGCUGUGAUUUUUGUGGUAAAGGAUUUGAAGAAAAGUGUGCUCUUCAGACACAUAUGAGACUCCACACUGGAGAGAGACCAUUUGCUUGUGAAGAUUGUGGUAAAACGUUUCAUGCAAAGGCUAUUCUUAAAAUGCACCUAAGAGUCCAUUCAGGAGAAAAACCCUUUUCUUGCUAUGUCUGUGGAACAAGAUUUAAAACAAAAGGAACUCUAACAAGGCACGUGAGGAUCCACACCACAGAGAAACCAUUUGUAUGUCAUGUCUGUAGUAAAGCAUUUUCCCUACAACAUCAUCUAAAGAGGCACAUGAGUGUUCACACAGGAGAGAAACAAUUUAUUUGUGGUGUUUGCAGUGAGGGAUUUUCACAACAAACUCAAUUAAAGAGACACAUGCGUGUUCACGCGCAGGAGAAGUCAUUUAUUUGUAGCGUUUGUAGUAAAAGAUUUUUUAAACAAGACCCUCUGGAGAGACACAUGCGUAUUCACACAGGAGAAGACCCAUUUAUUUGUAAUGUUUGCAGUAAGGGAUUUUCAAAAAAAGAGACUCUGAGUGGACACAUGCGUGUUCACACGGGAGAGAAAAUGUUUAUUUGUAGUGUCUGUGAUAAAGGAUUUACACGACAACAGAGUCUGAAAAACCACAUGGAGGUUCACACCGCACUAUUCAGCUGUGGCGACUGUAGCAAACGUUUUGUGAAGGAAACACAGUUAAUGCGGCAUGUCAAACUCCACACAGUGGAGAGGCCGUUUAGUUGUGAAGUCUGUAGGAGCAGGUUUAAUAAAAGGCUCCAUCUUGAAAAUCACAUGAGAGUCCAUUCGGGAGAGAAGCCGUUUGUUUGUAGUGUUUGCAGCAAAGCGUUUUCACGACAUGGAAAUUUGACGAGACACAUGGCCGUUCAUGAAGGCUGCAACUCUUGAUAUUGUCAGUUGGUUUGUCAAACUUCUUUCAAUUAUUAGGAUUUUGUUUGUGAUUUUCUGUGGAGUUCCGUUAGUUUUUCAUUCUGGAUAAAGAAUGAGCACCAGAACAAUGAUGCCUCCAUUGUUAUUAUGUGAUAAUGCCUCCACAUUUACAGUUUUAAGCUUAAGAUUAACUUAAAAAUUAUAAUGCCUUCAUUAUUACGACAUAAUAAUAGAGACAUUAUUAUUAUUAUUUAAUAAUUAUAUCAUUUUAAACUUUAAAAAAAGAGUUAGAAAAUAUGCAUUUGAAAACAUUUCUUUGUCUUUUUUCAAUAUUUAAAAAUAGUGUAGGCCUCAUAAAUAGUGAGCCAAUAAUGAUAUCAACUGAUGUCAUUACAUUAUUAUAUUAAUGUACUGAAAGUCUUAAGAAGUAUUUUCUUCAUCAAUCUCAAAUCUAUCAAAUUAUAUGCAAAUGUAAUUAUCAUACUUAAUAGAAGAAAUUGCAUACCUUACACAAAGUAAUGAGAUGAAAAUAAGGCAGUAACAAAAUUUGUUUGCCCCCAUUACUUUUUGUACGUUUGUCACACAUGUUUUAGACCAGAUAAAUCUAAAUAAUGGACAAAUUUAUAUUAUUUAGUCACAAAAUGCUGCGCUUUAAUGAAGGUGUUUGUUGAUUUUAAAAAAAAAUAUUUUUGUGAAGGGGAAAAAAAUCCAAACCUGAGUCACAACUUUGGAAAAAUGAGUUCAAUUUCUUUAGUCACACCUUCAAUAGGACCUGCCUCACAAAGUGGAGCAAAUAUAAUGGUCUGGAGCUGUUUUGCUCCUUCUGGACCUGGAAGACUUGCUGUGAUAAAUUGUACCAUGAAGUCUGUUGUCCACCAAGACAUCUUGAAGGAAAAUGUCCGGCCAUCUGUUUGUGACCUCAAACCAAACAGCACUUGAAUUCUGCAGUAGAACAAAAGUCCAAAGCACAACAGCAAGUCCCCCUCCGAAAAACAAAAAUUAAAAUUUUGGAUAAGUCAAGGUCCUGUCCUGAGUCUGACUGAAAUGGUGUUUAAUUGCCAUAAAAAGGAGGUUAAUGCUUGAAAACUCUUGGAUGUUGCUAAAUAAAAAUUCUGCAAAGAGUGUGCCAAAGUUAUAUUGGAGCUAGAAUAAAUUAAUGACAUAUUAGUAAUUGUUGUAACAUGUCUUUAAAUUAUUAAACAUAAAAUAUACCAUAACAGAAAGUUUUGAGGGAAACAAGAUGUAACCCGAUAAAAAGUACAAGUGUUGGUAUUAAGAGUUUUUUUUUGUGCAAAAUCUGGAUUUGUAAAAUCCUGAAAUGCCUUUUUAAGGAAAAGUUUUGACAAAGACAAAAGAAGAAUAAACUCCAACUUGGCACUUUUCAACCACAAACUUUGCUCACCUUGAACCACCAAGAUGACUGAUUUUAAGGGCCUUACUUCAGGUUGGUGUCACCUCUCUUUGGGAGGUGCAGGUCACAUUCUCCAUCGUUCAUUGGGUCUUGUUUAAACACUUUAUACAGAGAGAGGCACUGUACAGUCAGAUUGGUGUGCAGAUCACUGAAUGUUGUGUGAUCGCCAUCAGAGCUUAAAUUCUGAUUUUAUUGCGACUCUUGGCCGAAUCUGCUCGGCCCCACUAGUGACCAUUCCACAUCAUGUUGCUAAAAUAAGAAUAGUCUUUAUAGCUUACACAGCUCUUCUUUCUUCUAGAAGAUUCUAUAUAAUAUUUUUAUUCUAAUAUAUUUGGGACACACCAGUUUGGUGAAAGUAUUGAAUGUAAAAAAAAAAAAAAAAAGUCAAAUUUGUUUGUUUGAUUAAAAGAAUUAUGGGAAAUGUUGACUGAAUUUUUUUCAGUUUGAUACACGAUAACAAAACCUUUGUAAAUAGGAAUAAUCAGUUUGUUAAAUAAACACUAAAAUGUCUUUG